ACGCGGCAACGCCGCCUGUCGUGAUCGACCGUCGUGGAUUCUCACAUUCCUCACGCGUCUCGAACGUGCCGAUACUCAGUCGUGAGUUUGCCUCUACCUAGUGGGGAUGUCGUUCGAACGCGUUGUCAAACUACGCGACUACGAGACUGAUCGUUUUCUAAAGCUGUAUCGCGCUGAGCGUGUGCUCUACGACAUGAACCUGGAGGACUACAAGAACAGGGACUUGAGGAUGGCUGCUGCGGAGAGGAUAUCCAAGGAGCUCAACAUACCAGGCUUCGGUCCCAGAGAGAUAAUGUACAAGUUCAAGAACUUGCGGAGUUCAUAUUGCCAGGAAUUGAAGAAGAUCGCUGAGGCUGAGCGGUUAGGCAUGGUUCACACGCCGAAAGUUUUCUGGUUCGAUUUGAUGCACUCGUUCAUUAGACCUUUUGUUAAUAGCAGGGCUGCGCAGGCGUGUGCGUCAUUAUCAUGCCCGAACGAAGACUCGAAUGAUGAGAGAUCAAGAUCUCCAAUUCAACCUCCAGGUCCUUCUGAAGACUCCACAGAGGUUCCAAGCAGUCCAAGCGGGUCUAUAGUAAAAACAGAGACUUCCCUAUCUCCAAUCAAACGCAGAAGAUCUUUCGUGUCCUCACCAGAAGUCCCAGAAAAAUCAAGGAAAAAACAGCAAGAUCCUCUGGUACUUCCACUAGAAGAUACUAAUGGUGUUCCACAAAAUAUGCAAAAUGGUGUUCAGUUACUGCGUGAAGAGGACAUUUAUGAUAAUUUUGGUAGAUAUGUGGCGUCUAUGUUGAGGAGUAUGGGACCUCCGACCUCGUUGAGGCUGCAGGCUAAGAUUACCUCGACGUUGGUGAACACCAUGUGCUUGCUGCAGAGCUCUCAGAGCAAUUCGAUGCAUUCUGGAGUUGGAGCUGAGUCAGAUUGAGUGUUUGUGGUUUUUAUAGUGAAUGGAUCAGAGCAGGAAUUAUGCUUGUUUAUUUUGAGUAAAUUGUUGAUAUAUUUUGGACCAACUUGGCUUGAUUUUUUUUUUGUAUAUAUAUAAUAGUUGUAAGUAAAUUUUAUUGAGAAAGUUGAAAUUAUACAUUUUAUAUAGAAGAAUAAAUGAACUAUUAGCUUUUACGAAUUGUCA